AUGAUCUUGCAAGCAUCCAGGCUUUACUAAAUUUAUUUAUUUAGUAACCUUAAUUGCCCGUCCUUUAUUGCUGUAUACUCAUUUAUGAUCUCUGCGCGUGAUUACUGCCAGAUUGCCACCAACCAGCCGAAAAGAGGAGAUAAAUCCUUGCAAGGUUUUCCCUCCCCUCUCCCUUCCACCAAGAUUGGCAACGUUCCCUCUCGUGCGCCGCUGCUCUUUCUGACGGAGUUCGCAUUCGUGAUCACAAUCGUUCCAGUUUUCGCUGCUACGACUGAAAGAAAGGAUUUUCCCGAGGAUUCCCCAUUCUGGUUCUUUGGUGUUGCAGACCUCGGCUGUUUACCCCUUUCCGGGCAGACGUUGGGAUUUCUGGGAAGCUCCGUCUGUUCGGAGAUGGAGGGGAAUUUGCCACCAGGAACACUGAUGCCCGGAGCCCCUUUCGACAUAGAGCCGUCCUUCGAGUCGCGCCAGCAGCCAUUUCAGCUCGCCCAGCCCCAGCUCCAUCAUGGUAUGUUACCUUCCCCUGCGAUUCCGGUGCAGGAUUUCGUUGCUAACGCGGUGAAGAUCUCACUGAGCGACGACGAAGACAUAGACGAUGGCCAUGACUACGGCUGGAAGGCGGCCUGCCAGUCCCAGUGGCGCCGGGUCAAGUGGACCAGCGACAUGGUCAAGCUGCUCGUGUCGGCCGUGGCGUACAUCGAUGAGGAGGUCGACAUGGACUCUGGCGGCUCAAGCAGCAGGAAGAGGAAUCACGCCAUGCUGAAGAAGAAGGGCAAGUGGAAGCUGGUUUCCAGGUCGAUGAACGAGAGGGCAUUCGCCGUGUCGCCGCAGCAGUGCGAGGACAAGUUCAACGACCUCAACAAGAGGUACAAGAGGCUCACUGAAAUUCUUGGCCGGGGAACAACCUGCCAGAUCGUCGAGAACCCACAACUUCUUGAAGGUGUCAAACUCUCGGGAAAACUCAGGGAAGAAGCUAAGAAGCAUCUCAGCUCAAAGCAUCUGCAUUAUGAAGAGAUGUGCUCAUACCACAACCGCAAUCGCCAGUGUCUGCUUGAAGAUCCCACCCUUCAGAAGUCACUGCGUUUGGGUCUUAGGAGUCAAGAUGAUCAUGGAAAGAACAACUCAUUUGGUUAUGAUGAUAACGAUGAUUAUAUGACGUUUUCGGAUGAUGACUACGAGGAAGAUGAUGAAUUUAAUGAUGUCAUGGAGGCCACUGCUGAAUAUCAUCAUCACAUAAGUCAUGGCACCAAGAAGCUGCGGAUUGAUCAGGGCGAGACACAGUCUGGGUCACAUCUGUCAGAAAUCGCUGCUAUUGAUGUGGACAAAGUUUGCGAGGGAUCCGGCACUUCAUCUGGUGAGAAGAAACUAGCUCAGGGGAUUCAAAUUGAGAAACAACGGCUGAAGAUAAAAAACGAUAUGCUUAAAAUGGAUGAGCGCCAUUUCAAGUGGCUGGGGUUCAGCGAGGAGAAGGACAGGGAACUCGCGAAGAUGAGGCUGGAACAUGAAAAGAUGAGGCUGGAGAAUGAGCGGCUGGAGCUGGAGCUGAACCUUAAAGAAAUAGAGAUGGGUAUCAAACCAAAGAAUAUCUAGUUAUUGCAGACUGGAAAUGAUAGAAUUAGAACCUAGCAGUGCCGGAAAUCAUUUGUCUGUUUCAGGUGCUUACAGAUUAAUAUGUAAAUUGAUCUGUAGCCCCGGAUUAAAUUUUAUCUUAGCCAACUGCAUAUCGUUUAGGUGAAUGACUAUUCCAGAUGUCAAUUGCUUACAAUUUGUACCUCCUGACAUCUCAAUAUGAUAGUUAUAUGUCUUUUAUCUGUA